AUGCUAACAACCUUGUGCCAGUGGGAAGGUCUUGGUCCUGUUGCUAAGAACCAUAGCAUAAUGAAGAGGGCAAGAGAGAUGUUAAAAAAUCUGUUUGACCAUGGUGCGGGCAUUGCAAACACCCAUGGCAUACCCAUUAUACCCAUUGAAAAAUUCAUGGGAAGCCUCCAAAUUGGAAGAAGAAAGGAGGAAGAGAGGAUAGUUCAUCUCAAGUGCGAUUACCAAACUAAAUCAAGUUCCAAGGAUGGGAUGCUAUUUUCUUGUUAUAUUGUUCUCAGACAUGAUGACCAUUCACUUCUUCUUCCUGUGAUCAGGAACACAGGUAAAGGUCCGGGUGAUGGAAUUUUGUUUGAUGUUGUUUUCUGUGGUCAAUGA